GUGAGUAACCCUUAGAUGAAUUGGCCAUGGCAGAGAUUUUACAGUUAUAACAAUAACUCUCUACUGAAGGUGCAUGAGUUGGAGGCUGAAGUUGAAGCUGAACAGAGACGUGGUGCAGACGCUGUGAAAGGAGUGCGCAAAUAUGAAAGGAGAGUGAAGGAGCUCACCUACCAGACUGAGGAAGACAAGAAGAAUGUGACUCGACUGCAGGAUCUGGUAGACAAGCUGCAGCUGAAAGUGAGAGCCUACAGAGCACUCCAGCUGAAGAAGCUGAGGGAGCAGGCCCACGGCACUCACCUGUCCAGGUACGGGAGGUGGCUGAGGCUGGAGGGAGUCACUGGGCGCUGGCUUGUCUCAUGA